CCCCCCCCCCCCCCCCCCCCCCCCCCCCUUCUCCCUCUCUCUCUCCUCUCUCUCGAUCCAACUAGGUUCUGUCCGUCUUCCCCAGAACAGAAAGAGGCAGAAAGUCCAAUACUAGAGAAACAAAAGAAACAAUAUAGAUCGAUCCAUGAUGGGUCUUCUAUGGACUCGGUUUUUUCUGCUUCUUUUUCUCCUCCCGCCUUCUUUGUCCGAUCCGAGUGACGAGCUCUGCCUCAGCCACCUUAGCCAGUCCUUGGAGGACCCCAACAAGUCGCUCCAGAACUGGACCAAGUCAACCUUCGCCAACCCUUGCUCUGGAUUCACCUCAUACCUCCAAGGCGCCACCUGCAACAAUGGCCGCAUCUACAAGCUCUCCCUUACCAACCUCUCUCUCCGCGGCUCCCUCUCCCCCUUCCUCUCCAACUGCACCAACCUCCAGACCCUCGACCUCUCCUCCAACUUCCUCUCCGGUCCCAUCCCCUCCGACCUCCAGAAUUUGGUCAAUCUCGCUGUCCUCAACCUCUCCUCCAAUCGCCUCGCCGGCCAGAUCCCCCCCCAGCUCACAUUAUGCGCUUACCUCAACGUCAUCGACCUCCACGACAACUUGCUCUCCGGCCCCAUUCCCCAGCAGCUGGGCCUUCUCGUUCGCCUCUCCACCUUCGACGUUUCCGGAAACCGUCUCUCGGGUCCCAUACCCACCUCGCUGGGCAAUAGGAGUGGCAACUUGCCCAGAUUCAAUGCGAGCUCCUUCGAAGGGAACAAGGAUCUUUACGGGUACCCUUUGCCAGCAAUGAAGAACAAGGGUUUGUCAGUCAUGGCCAUUGUUGGGAUCGGACUGGGAAGUGGGUUCGCCAGCUUGGUGCUCAGUUUCACUGGGGUGUGUAUAUGGCUCAAAGUUACCGAGCGCAAGAUGGCUCUGGAGGAAGGCAAAAUUAGCCAACUUAUGCCUGAUUAUUGAUCAAAGCUUGCAAUUUCUGGAUAUAUUCGAAUACUACGGAGCUGAAGAAAUUGAGAGUGUCGGGUUGUGACUUCGAUGGGGGGGUAUGUUGAGGGAAGAGCCGCUCCGUGCAAUUUUGUCCGGCAGUGUGCCAUCUCAAUAUGAGUAUAUACAAACAAAGAAACAAACAGCUGGUGGGAAAUGUUACAUGCCGAAACGUCUGGCAUUGAAUAUUAAUGAACUUUUAUAUGCAUGCUUUGGAAAUAGAUCUACUCUCUUCUAGCCUAAUGUAAGCUGACGGGAGACCAAGUCCACCUCGUAUGUGGAAAAUGUCGAGCUCACACCUCUGAUGCAUUAAUUUAGUUGGUAGUUUGCGCUGGGAAGGCCAACAUUCCGGGCAGUUUGCUACUUGUUUCACUCGGGUUUUGUGUUCACUUGUUAUCCUUUAAUAAGAAAAUAAAUAAAUGGACGAGGCAUUGAAGCAAGCUAGAUUGCCAGUACUCUGGUUUUCUGCUUGUCUUCGCCAAUUGGUGCGUUUUGCAAGAUUGUAAAACUUGUAUUUGAACUUCAAUUCAUCGGGUUGUAUUCGAGAGCACUCCAAGAUAAUAAAAGUUAUGCCCAACAAAAAUUUGAGAAUUUUGUGGUUUAAGCUUUCUGUAGAAUACUCACUUAUUUAUUUCUGUUUCUGGGCAUAGUAUUAGAAUACCCAGCUUGAAUCCAAUGAUUACUCAUGGUGGAUGCAGUGGUUCACAUUA